GCUCUCUCUCCCUCACACACCGAAUAUUUCCAGAAGCAAAAGAGAGAAUCUGUAGUCACACCCCAGAGUGGGAUACACAAGCAUUUGGGUCUUUGAUUUUCAUCACACCCAACAAAUAACUCACACCUCCACGGACUGCACCCCUUCUCCGCCUUCUUCUUAUCCAAUUUACGGACAAUUCAUUUGCGUCCAGUUUCCAAAAUCCAAAAACAUGUUGGAGGGUCCAUCUUAUCUCAUCUCGAGGGACUUGCCUAGCUCUUGUGAACAAGAGAGCAAAUGGGUUUAUUACACUUUUCGUGUGAUCGAAAUGACACAUAAGAAGCAUCUCUUAGAAGAUAGGGUUGAACCUUUAGCAAAAAAAUCAUGCAAGUUGCCAGAUGAUGCUCACAAUCGAGGGGAGGAUGUACAUGAGUUCUUAGUUGACGAUCAGGAUAAACAGCAUUGUGGUGGAGACCAGUCGGAUUCAGGUUCGCUGAUCCACCAACUUGGUCGGGAUAUGUCAAUAAAUUGUCUCCUCCACUGCUCAAGAUCAGAAUACGGUUCGAUUGCCUCUCUAAAUCGAGGUUUCCGAUCUCUUAUUACGAGUGGUGAACUUUAUAAACUGCGGAGGCAGAUGGGCAUCAUUGAACAUUGGAUUUACUUCUCCUGCAGCCUUCUUGAAUGGGAUGCAUACGAUCCAAACUCUAACCGUUGGAUGCGUCUGCCUAUAAUGGCAUCAAACGAGUGUUUCAUGUCUUCAGACAAGGAGUCAUUGGCUGUUGGGACUGAACUUUUAGUUUUUGGGAAGGAAACAAUUUCCCAAGUUAUAUAUAGAUAUAGUAUUUUAAAUAACACAUGGUCAUCUGGGAUGAAAAUGAAUGCACCCAGGUUUCUUUUUGGUUCUGCUAGUCUUGGUGAAAUUGCAAUUCUAGCAGGUGGUUGUGACCCACAAGGGAAUCUCCUGAACUCAGCUGAGCUUUAUAAUUCUGAGACAGGAACUUGGGUCACUCUUCCUAGAAUGAACAAAGCACGGAAAAUGUGCUCAGCAGUAUUUCUUGAGGGAAAGUUCUAUGUGAUUGGUGGAACUGGGGCAGGUAAUACCACUCUUACUUGUGGUGAAGAAUAUGAUUUGAAGACUCGGACCUGGCGUGAGAUACCUAACAUGUAUCCUGGACGAAAUGCUGGAGAUGGGGCUGCUGUGCCGGUUGCUGCUGUUGAGGCACCUCCUUUGGUUGCAGUUAUAAACGAUAAGUUGUAUGCUGCCGAUUAUGCACAUAGGGAGGUUAAAAGAUAUGACAAGGCAAGACAAUUGUGGGUGGCAGUAGGGCGAUUGCCCGAGCGUGUGGUCUCAACAAAUGGUUGGGGGUUGGCAUUCAGGGCUUGUGGAGAUCGACUCAUCGUCAUUGGUGGACCGAGGGCUUUAGGUGGACGUAUGAUUGAGAUAUAUUCUUGGGCCCCAGAUCAAGGGCAGCUGCAUUGGGGUGUGCUUGCCAGCAGGCAGUUAGGUAAUUUUGUGUAUAACUGUGCAGUGAUGGGAUGCUGAGGCGUCCUGUAUUCUAACAACCCUCUGCGGUGUCUGGAGUCAUUUCAUAAAGGACUUCCUUCAUGAUCCUCACUUUUCAAGGCAAGCUAUCUCUGCCUUCUGCUGCUGUGGAAAUUGCGAUGAUAUUUAAACAGAUAGAAUGAAUAGGUCCAAUUGAAGAAGGUAGAAUCUUUCUCUUGUUUUCUAUUUAUUGCAUUUUCUCUCCCCCUGUUUUUCAAUUACUGUGAGAUAUUCUCAAAUGCCCGUAUCAUUUAGAACAGUCAAAACAAAUAAUCUGAAGUGCUGAUGCAUGUUUUUAGGUUGUGUUCACUAUGUGCGCUACUUCAAUUCGAACUUACUGAAUUGUGAAGUGGAAUAAUUUUGCAUA